CCCCGGGCGGGGCGGGACCGGCGGGGCCGCCCCCGGUGUCGGCGGGCGGGGCCGUGCUCCUCGCACAAAGCCGUGAGUGCCGCGGGGAGCGCACCGGCACCGGCACCGCCCCGAUGUGAGCGGGGCAUGGCCGCGGGGCAUGGCCCGGGGCGGGCGGCGGCGGGCGCGCGGCGCCGGCGGUGAAGAUGGAGCCGCGUCCGCCUGGGACCGAGCCCCCGCUGCCCCGGGGGCCGGGACCGGGGCCCGAGCCGCAGCUGCAACCGGAGCCGGAGCUGGAGCCGGUGCUGGCCUUCCAACGGGAACUGGAGCCGCAGCUGGAACCGGAGCCGGUGCUGGAGCCGGAGCUGGCCUUCCAACGGGAACCGGAGCCGCAGCUGGAGCUGGAACCAGAGCUGGAGCCAGAACCAGAGGCGGACCUAGAACCGGAGCUGGAACGGGAGCUAGAACCAGAAGCGGAGCUGGAACGGGAGCUAGAACCAGAAGCGGAGCUGGAACAGGAUCUGGAGCCAGAAGCGGAGCUGGAUGUGGAGCUCUGGGCGCUUGAGGCCGGCGCUCCCGGCGCGGGGCCGCCGCCCUGGUGCCCGGGGGAGGCCGCGGGCAGCCCGGGCCCCGCCGAGCCCCCGCCGGAGGAGGAGCCGCGCCUCCGCCCGGUCUUCGACGCCCUGGACCGCGACGGCGAUGGCUUCGUGCGCGUGGAGGAGUUCGUGCAGUUCGCCACGGCCUACGGCGCCGAGCAGGUAAAGGAGCUCACAAAAUACCUGGAUCCCAGUGGAUUGGGAGUUAUCAGCUUUGAAGAUUUCCAUCGGGGGAUCAGAGCCAUCAGAAAUGGAGACCCUGACAGCCAGCUGUAUGAUAUGGGAUACACCCCCGAGGAGGAAGCCCCGGCCUGCCCCGAUGAGUUCGAUGAUUUCGUCACGUUUGAGGCAAAUGAGGUGACUGACAGUGCUUACAUGGGCUCAGAGAGCACCUACAGUGAGUGUGAGACCUUCACAGAUGAGGACACCAGCACCCUGGUGCAGCACGAGAUGCACGACGAGGUGGAGACCGACAGCGCCAUCGACUCCACCGUGCACUCAGAAUUCACAGACCCCAUCGAGGAGCCAGAGCAUGGGUCCCACCCCCACGAGCUGGCCCUGGGCUCUGAGCUCAGCCCCUCCAUCGUCACCGUCAUCAGCGGGGAGGAGCACUUCGAGGACUACGGGGAGGGACACACGGCCCACCUGUUCCCAGACCCUCUGUGUAAUGGGGAGAGCAGCUUUGGCAGCUCCUCCUUCCUCUCUCCCAGCACCAAUCCGCUCGCUGCGAAACUGCACAGCAUUCUGGCAGAUGAAACUUUUGAGUUUUACUGUAGCCAGUGCCACAAACAAAUCAACCGCCUCGAGGAUCUUUCUGCUCGCCUGAGUGAUCUUGAGAUGAAUAGCCCAAAUAAAAGACUCUCCAGCAAGAAGGUGGCAAGGCAGCUGCACCAGACCAGCUCUCUGGCCGUGGGGGUGAUGGAGGAAUCCCUCAGGGACAGCCUGGAGUGCACCGACGAGGACAUCACCGACAAGGUGGUGUUCCUGGAGAAGCGGGUGACAGAGCUGGAGAAGGACACGGCUGCCAACGGGGAGCAGCACAGCCGUCUGCGGCAGGAGAACCUGCAGCUGGUGCACAGGGCAAAUGCACUGGAGGAGCAGCUGAAGGAGCAGGAGCUGAGGGCUGACCAGACCCUGCUGGAGGAGAUCAAGAAGCAGAGGGAGCUGCUCAGCAAAAUGGAGAGGGAGAAGAGCAUAGAGAUUGAGAACCUGCAGGCCAGGCUGCAGCAGCUGGAUGAUGAGAACAGCGAGCUGAGGUCCUGUGUCCCCUGCCUGAGAGCCAACAUCGAGAGGCUUGAGGAGGAGAAGCAGAAGCUGCUGGAUGAGAUUGAGGAUCUCACUGUGCAGCUCACAGAGGAGCAGGAGAAAAAGAGGAAGAUGGGGGACAAGCUGAGUCAGGAGAGGCACCAGUUCCAGAAGGAGAAGGAGUCGACACAGGAGCUCAUUGAGGACCUCAGGAAGCAGCUGGAGCACCUGCAGCUCUUCAAGCUGGAGGCAGAGCAGCGCAGGGGCCGGAGCAGCAGCAUGGGGCUGCAGGAGUACAACAGCAGGACACGGGAGACUGAGCUGGAGCAGGAGAUCAAGCAGCUCAAGCAGGAUAACAGGAACCUGAAGGAGCAGAACGAUGAACUGAACGGGCAGAUCAUCAACCUGAGCAUCCAGGGAGCCAAGAACCUGUUCUCAGCCUCCUUCUCUGAGUCCCUGGCAGCAGAGAUCAGCUCUGUCUCCAGAGAUGAGCUGAUGGAAGCAAUCCAGAAGCAGGAGGAGAUCAACUACCGGCUGCAGGAUUACAUCGACAGGAUCAUCGUGGCCAUCAUGGAGACCAACCCCUCCAUCCUGGAGGUCAAGUAAUGGCAGCCAGGAGCUGCUCUCGUUGGUGGAUUUGGUGCUCUGAGAGGAUGAAGAGGGACUCCACACGUCUUUGCACUUGAUGAAGGCACAAGGAAGCCUCAGGUCGGGGGGUGACUGAGCCACGGACCAGGGCAAAGGAAAACCAGCAGCCAGGCUUUGUUGUCUGACUCGUUACUUUGAAGCCCUCCUGGCUGAGGAGGGGUGAAAGGGAACCUGGAGAAGGAGCUCAGGAAAGGGACACUGCAGGAAGUGCCUGUGGCGCUGGGGACUGUCCCAAAGGCCCCGGGCCCUCCCAGGGAUGGAGAUGGAAGCGACAGCGCUGCUGCCCCGCCCAGCCCGAGCCUCCGCUGUGCCAAAGUGUCCCUGACACACUCACCGGGCAGAGCUGGGAGCAGGGAAGGCAUCCCGGACUCACACGGGCUUGGGGUUUGGUUUUGUUUGGGGGUUUUGUUGGUUUUUUUUUUUUUAAUUAACUUAAUGCAAAUGUCCUCCUCCAGCUGGCUCAGCCCCGGCUCAGAGCCCUCGGUGGCUGCAGGGGCAGCCCGGGGCUGCUGGGGCCACCUGCCUCCUUAUUUAUUUGUGGCUCAGCACUGUCGGCACGGCUCGGCAUCCCUCCUCCUCCUCCUCCUGCCGGGCUCCGGGGGGAGCUGUCACCCGUCCCCAGCUGGGGACAGACACUCGGGCUCUGCCUGGCACCGGGGCCGCUCCUGCGGGGGCAGGCAGCACCUGGGGAGCACUUUGGGAGAGGCCCCAGCUCCCCACCUCGCCUCCUAAAGCCUGGGGACAGUGGCCCUUGCCAUUCUAAAGCCCUGGGGACAGUGGCCUGUGCCGUUCCCAGCCGGAGCAGGGCUCUGCUGGUGAUAGCUGCAGCCCUGGAGGGAGAGCCUGCUCCGGUGCCUGGGCUCGUUCCUCAUCCCCGGCACUGGGAUCGCUGUGCCGGUGGGGAGAGGAGCCGCACAACACCUCGGCAGCUCCCUGGGAAACAAAGCCAUGUUUACAUCAGACAGCUCUGGGCUUGCCGGCACGAGUGGCCGUGGCACAGCGUGACCCCGGGAGUGGCCGCUGCCCCCUGCUCCUCCGGGGGCAGCCGGCGGAAUCCCAGCGGUUCCUCUUCCUGCUUGGCAGGUUUGGGAUGCCAGAACGGCCUGCCAGCAGCAGCCAGGCAAUCCCGGGGGUGCCUGCCCUCCCCAAGCCCCUUGCAGCCCUCGGGGUGCCCCUGCCCGGGGACACACGGCCACAACAGCUCUGGGUGCUCAUCCCUGGGGGCAGCAGGCUCGGGAGAGCCCCCAGGCAGCUCCUGCACCCAGCCCUCCCCUCCCUGCCCCCAGGCCGCGGGAAGAAGCCACGUUCUGUACAUUUCCAGAGAAGCUUUGGGUGUAAAUCAGUGUAUACUUGGAGAGGGAAAAUUUUUCUAUCUUGUAGAGUAGGUAUUUUUAUAGAAUGAAGGUUGAUCCAUUUUUUUAAUACUUUAAAAGAAGAGAGAAAUGUAUCUGUGUAUACACAAAAGCAUAUAUAUAUAUAUAUGUAUAAAUAUAUAAAUAUUGGAGAUCUGCCUUUCUUGACUUGGGAUCCCGGAUCCCCAGGUCUCAAACAAUCGUUUGUUUUUUCCUGUCGCUCUCACAGAGGUACUGUAACUGUAAAUAAGCACCGGGGAAAAAAAAAAAGUUUUAAGCAAACAAAAAGCACUGACUUGCACAUUCACCAUGCUUUAAAGUCCCUAUGGAGAGAGAAAAACAAAACAAAAACUGUACAUCCUGAAAAUGUUCCUCUUUCCCGACUGGUAUGUGAAGGAAGUCCCCCAAAAAAGAGGCAAAAAUGGUAUUGUCUUAACUGAUGUAUCAAUUCUUGUCGGAUUAAAAGCUGUUACUAUUC